AUGGCAGGGGGUACUAGCAUCUGGGCGAGUAAGGAAGCAAGAACCGACCCGAGAGAGAUCUUUAACCUCCGGCUUCUUUAUCUCCUUGUGUCGGUUGCUUGGGGUGGGUGGUUCUAUGGCUUCGACACCGGCAACAUUGGAGGCAUUCUCACCUUGCCUUCAUUUGAAAAUGCUUUCGGUCUGACAAACAUACCGGAUGCAGAGAUUGACAAUCGAAAGGGAACAAUUGCUGCAAUGCUUGCGGCUGGUGGCUCGGCAGGGGCACUCUGCGCUGCGCCGACAUCAGACUUCCUGGGGCGCAAAUGGUCCGUCUUUCUAUGGGGACUUGUCUUCGUAAUUGGUGCUGCAAUGCAGAUGGUGGCUGAUUAUGAUGUCCUUCUUGCCGGUCGCUUCAUCGGCGGCAUGGGGGUGGGAGCCAGUUCGAUGCUCACACCACAGUUUCUGGCCGAGAACUCCCCCAAGUCUGUCCGAGGAUCGAUGACGGCAACAUAUAACUUGAUGAUCCUAGCCGGUAUAAUGCUCGCCUUCUGGAUUAACUAUGGAGUAUCGCUGUGGUCAUUCCCCGGCGUGGAGCAUGACAACAUGCAAUGGAGAACAUCAAUGGGAAUUCAACUCAUUCCCGGGGCUCUGAUGUGUCUAAUGAUACCCUUUGUCCCUGAAACCCCUCGAUACCUGAUUAACCAUGGCCGCUCAGAGGAGGGGAUCAAGAACCUAUGCCGGCUACGGAAACUUCCGAUUGACCACCCCUACGUCCAAACAGAGUACCAGGAGAUUGAGGCCCAGGUACGAUACGAACAGGAGUGUUACCAGGGUCACAGCUAUUGGGUGGUGCUACAGGAUAUCUUCCUAAUCAAAAGCAACUUUCGGCGAUUUUUCCUCGCUGUUAUGUUAUUCCUAUUUCAUAAGUUCACGGGAACGGACUCGUUGAAUUACUACGCACCCGAGAUCUUCGAGUUAAUCGGCGUGAAAGGAAGCUCCAAUACACUUCUGACCACUGGCGUCUAUGGUGUAGUGAAAUUCGUCGUCACCAUCUUCUAUGUGACCUACCUUGUGGAUCGCGUUGGUCGCCGCCUCCCUCUGCUCGUUGGUGCAUCUUUACAAGCGACCGCAAUGUUAUACCUUGCAUUGUAUCUCCGAUUUGCCGGAACGAACACCGACACAGUGGGAGGCACUCCCGCUGGUGGUAUAGUCGGUAUUGUGUGGAUUUACAUUUACGCCUUCGGCUGGUCAUUCGGACACAGCGUGGCAUGCUAUGUUGUGGCUGCUGAGAUAUUCCCAACUAGAAUCAGGUCCGUCUGCAUGUCCAUUUGCUUCUUUGUCAAUUGGAUUGUCGAUUACGGCAUCACGCGGGCCACACCAAAUAUGAUUACUGAGAUGGGAUGGGGCGUCUUCCUGCUCUACGCACUAUUAACCUAUGCCGGGGUGGUGUUUAUCUUCUUCUGCCUUCCUGAACUCAAGGGACGCUCUCUUGAAAGUAUAGAUGACCUGUUCCAGAGACCGCUGUGGAGCAUGUGGAGACAUGCCUACCCCACAGAGGAAGAGAAGACACGACAAGGCAUUCCGCAACUGAUGAAAGGUGGAAAUGAGGAUGACAGGGACGGGGACAAGGAUCGUCCGGUCCAUGUUGAGUCAGUUUAA